AUGCUUUUAAAUUCAUCAUCCAUUCCGAAUGAAGCCACAUCACCAACUCAUUCAGCAUCCAUUCCUUUUUCUUCUUCCGAUCUCUUUUCCAAUCUUCCAGAAGAAGUCAUUGCACACAUUUGUUCCUUUUUUAUGAAAUAUUCAAAAACCAAUCUUGUAGAGAGGAAUUUAAAGAAACAAGAUUUGUUGAUGAGCGAUGAAGAGACUCAUGCCAUCACCAUUGAUGAUCUUGUAGAUAUUUUUCCGUUGGCUUUUGUUAAUAGGACCAUCCGAGAGAAGAUUUUGAAUAACAAGUAUAUUUGGAAUGAGAUGAUUAUUCUUGAUUUAUCGGAAUUUGCAAAAUCAGAUCAAUUAUUUCGUUACUUGAACAAAAUUAGUGAUUGGACGAGUUGUCUCGCUGAUGAACAUUUAAUCAUGUUGGCUGAGAGAGAACGAAUGAAAAUAGCAAUUGAUUUUCUGGAAGGACUUGGAUUGGCAGAAUAUAUCAAAAAGCUCAAAGUGAGUUGCAUGUUGAAACAUGUCCUAGAUGGCAAUAGCGACUUGACAAAUGACCACACCAAAAGCAGCAUUGCGAACAUGACAUCAUGGACAGAUCUGAUUGUCAACACAUUUCCUGCUGUCACAAAUUUGGCUUAUUAUAGUUUUUCAGACAAGACCAAUCAGUAUGAUCACUUGAACAUCUCAAAGGAAACAUGUUGGAAAAAUCUCUCACAUGUGAGUGUGUAUUUUGAUAGUGUGACACUCAUGUCUCUCAUCAAAAAUCAUGACACAAUCACAUCGAUUGCCUUCUCUCCAAAAUACUCAGACUCUAAAUUUUUAGAAACACUCACAAAGAAUCAACCUCUAUUGAAAAAUGUGAACUCGAUCGAGAUUGAUUAUCGAUUUAAAUUUGAGGAAAUUGAACGUUCUCCACUCUUACCCAAGUUAACUUCCUUGAUUAUUGACCCAUGUGUCGUGAAUGCAACCUCUAUUGGCACAAAAUUAGGUCAUCUUACAAAACUUGCCUUGAAUAAUGUGAGGCAAUCUCUCGUGUUCAAAAAUGUCACAUUUCCAAACAUGAAAGAAUUUAAUUUUUCAUAUACUGAUAUGAUGCCUUUGACUUUUGAUCAGGCUUCAAUGCCCUCUCUUGAACAAUUAUCCAUUCAAAAGGCAGAUAUUGUCACCAUCCAUGAAAAUUCUCAAGACAUGAUGAACUUUCCCAACUUGACAUCUGUCAAAUUUGGAUAUUGCAAGUAUGCCCAUUCGUUUUGGUUUGACCAACAUCCUCGGAUAACUACCAUUUCUCUUUCAGACACGGACAUUGUUUUCAACUCAACCACUCGUGAGAUUUCCAUCGAAAAUCAUCCUUCUCUCGAAAUUGUUCAAGUCAGUCAACUCGAAGACAUUUCCAUCAAAAAUUGCCCUUCUCUGAAACGAGUCUAUAUUGAAAAAACAAACCACAUCUCUCUCCACAAUAAGUAUUUUAGUGUUGUGGCAAUUUCUGGAUGCUCCAACAGCAGUUCACAAAUAUCCAUUGUUGGAGAUUAUUGCGGGAAAUUAAUACUUCCUGAAAAAGUGGAAUUUAUUUCUGUGGAUGUAAAAACAAUAUCCGUUCUGAAUUGUUACAACUCGCCUCAGUUAUCAGAUAUGAUACCAAAAAACAGUCACAACAUGACUCUAGAUUGGUUGUAUAUUUAUUGUACUGUUGAAAAUCCAACCAAAUUGCUCGAUAUUAUUUCAAGUUUCAAAAACGUUAAUCAUUUGAGAUGUACAUUGAGCAUUUCACAUACUUAUAUCAUUGAGCAACGAAUGGUGAAUUCCAAAAAGGAUUUCGCAACAGUUUCAGUGCUCUCAAAGUUGGCUACUAAACUCGUGACUCAUUCACAAGGAAUAGAUGUACCAUCUGUUUUGAAAGAGUACAAAAAUUUAUCUACAUUGUGCUCUGUAUCGAAAUUGAAGUUUGGAAAAGAGUUCUGUUCAAGCAAUUCGUUGACACAUCUGGAAGUAAGCGCCUCUAAAUUGUCAUUUAUUGGAUUUCCUAAUUUGAAAACUAUAAGAUUGUCUAAUAGUGAGGAUAUUGACAUUGAUUUGGAUCAAUUAACGAACUCGCUGGAAGAGUUGUCAAUGGUAUCAUCGACAAAUGUCAAAAUUACUGGCAAUAGGUCGAUGCUAAACCUCAAGUUCUUUUAUUUGGAAAAUCUGAAAAACCUUAAUAUUUGUGUAGAGUUAUCUGCUCCUAAAUUGAGGGAAAUAAUUAUACAUUCCAUUAGAAGUACUGAUCCAAAUCAAGAACCUAUUCUCCAUAUCAUUCAUGCUCCAAAAUUACUUUUCAAAUAUGUCUCAUUUAAAUGGCAACCAAAGUACACAAAUAUUAUCUCAAAGCCCUCAAAUAAUGGUGUUGUUGUCGUUAGUAAUAAUAAUAAUUAUUGUUCUGUUUUGUAA